AUGGCGUCUUUUAUAUUGGGUUACAUACUCCGCAUUCCUGGAAGCAAGGGCAGACCUACUGGCCCUCUUUUCGCUUUAAGUCCACUUCUGUUCCUCUUCACUCCUCUGAUGGCAACCUCGGCCAUGUAUUUUAUCUUUAACAAGAUCUCAACUAAGGUUGCACCGCAGAGUGCACUUAUUAAGCCUUCUCUCAUGCUUAAAAUCUUGAGUGGAGUUGAUAUCGUAUGCCAGUUGGCUACAUCUGCCGGUGCAAUGGUAGCAAGUCGAGAACACUCCAGUGCUGGAAAAGGUCUCCUACUGUCUGGCAUCGCCAUACACAUUGUCAAUGUUGUAGUCUUCCUGGUUGCUGUAUUCGUUUGGCACAGACGAGUUAUCGGCAAAUUUACUGUUAACACGACCUAA